AUGCCGCCGUUAUCAAUCAACGUCAGACCAGCCAAUGCGUCCUUCGAAGGCCCUGGCUCACCAAUCUCGAAUGAAUUCGAAACCUCCAUUCACGAGGAGCCAGCAGGCGGUUCUCCAGAGCUCAUGCCUCCUCCCAACCUGUUUCAUUGCUGGUUCCGAAAGUGCACGUUCACCGCUACCUCGUACCACGCCGUGGCCGAUCACCACGUCAACACGCACCAUACCAACAAGGAUACCCUCACAUGCACGCUGCCAACCUGCUCGGACAAACCGUCAUUCAACUCCGACCGCCAGUUCGACUCGCAUCUCAAAGAGAAGCACCCAUAUGCCAAGUUGCGGUGCAAUAUCUGCGCCAUGGACGGGCAAACUACAUCCUUCAAGAAGUUCAGCACCUUCAAGGUACAUCGGAGAGACAAGCAUGGCAUUGGGGCGACUUGGACGUGCCCUCAUUGCGGGCAACAGUUCACGCUGUAUGCAGAGUAUCGGCAGCAUUUGAGUUGGCAUAACAGGUCAGAUAAAGGGACUCAGAGGGGUGGUAUGCUGCAGGGGGCGCUCUAG